GGCGAAAAGGGAAGUUGUGAUCACGUGGGCGGAACCGGAAGUGGCGGGGAGAAGGGGUUGAUGCCGGAAGUAGCGGAUUGAGAGCCGGUGGAGAAGGCCCGGAACGGAGCCGGGAACGGAGCCGGGAACCGGCGGGAUUAAAGCACCGGGAUUCAACAACCGGGAUCCGACCGCCGCCAAAACCGCAACGGGACCGAACCGGGACCCGGAACCACCCGCCGGUAACGGAGCUGCGGCCUUAGAGAACCGGCAACAUGGGCGAACGCAAAGGAACCAAUAAAUAUUAUCCCCCCGACUUCGACCCGGCCAAGCACGGCUCCCUCAAUAGAUACCACGGCUCCCACCCGCUGCGGGAACGAGCCCGAAAACUGUCCCAAGGGAUCCUGGUCAUCAGGUUUGAGAUGCCAUUUAACAUCUGGUGCGACGGCUGCAAGAACCACAUCGGGAUGGGCGUCCGCUACAACGCUGAGAAGCGGAAGGUGGGCAACUACUACACGACGCCCAUCUACAGGUGGGUCCCCCCUUGGGUCCUGCCCCACACCGACCCCUCGUCCCACUCCCGUCUCCACACGGACGCCAUGUUCCGGCUGGAUCACGGGCUGUGUGACCUGCAGCUGCUGCGGCGCAACGUGCCAACACUGACCAGCCUGCAGGAGGCACAAAGGGCCUGGAAGGACGAUUAUGGCAUCAACUGUGUGCUCAGGGCACGGCUCAGGGUGGGUAUGGACCCAGAGGAGGAGGAGGAGGCAGCGCUGAGGAUGAAGCUGGGGCUCAACGUCCCACUGCUGCCCGAGGACGAGGACGAUCGACGGCUGGCGCGCUGCUCAAUAUCACUGCCCCGAAUGUGGGUUUUGGGGAGAUGUGGGGAGAUAUGGGGCUGGGGGGUCUAGGGGUGUGGGGCUGGGGGGGUACUGGGAUAUGGGGCUG